UUUCAGGCAGUAAAGAUGGAACAGUACGAGUGUGGGACUGUCAUACUGGUCAAUGUGCCAAUGUAAUCAAUCUUGGUGAUGAAGUUGGCUGCUUGAUUUGUGAGGGGCCAUGGGUCUUUAUAGGCAUGCCCAAUGUUGUUAAGGCGUGGAAUAUUGAGUCAUCAUCAGAAUUUAUCCUUAAUGAACCAGUCGGCCAAGUUUAUUGCAUGGUUGUUGCUAACGAAAUGCUCUUUGCUGGAGCACAGGAUGGUGGUAUUUUUGUAUGGAAAGGCAGUCCUGGAGCUGAGAAUCCUUUUCAUUAUGUUGGAUCUCUAAGAGGCCACUCUCACACUGUGACAUGUUUAACUGUUGGAAGCAAUAUGCUUUACUCUGGUUCCAUGGACAAUACAAUAAGGGUUUGGGGUCUCGACACUCUACAGUCUGUUAUGACACUAGAUGAUCAUACUGAUGCACCAAUGUCUCUUCUAUGCUGGGAUCAAUUUUUGUUAUCCUGUUCAUUGGACAAGGCUAUAAAAUUUUGGGGUGUUGCAGGAGGCAACUUGGAAGUAAUGUAUACACAUAACGAAGAACACGGUCUGCUUGCGCUUUGUGGGUUGAAUGAUUUUGGACAACCAGUAUUGUUGUACGCUUGUUCACUAAGAGGGUGAGUAUAUUUUCAAAAUGUGAAGUUAGAGACAUUCAGGUUGGUCCUGAUGGCCUCAUUUUCACUGGUGAUGGAACCGGGAUGUUAAGUGUAUGGAAGUUGCUGGCAAAGUCAAGUGGAUGAGCCUUCUCAUUAAAAUUUGUACAAGAAACAAGUUGCUGUAUGAAUUGCAGAGUUUGACUGUAUAUGAAGAGGCAUAGAAAGAACUUAACACUGGGUUUUUUAUCCUUGGUGAUUUUUUCUAAUUUUUUUCAUGGGUUCUGCUUUUCAAUCUGUUCAAAUGUUUGUAGAAGAACUGUAUAAUUUAAUACUGGAGUAAAAUUAUGUUGUUAGCCCUCUCGUUCA